AUGCCGAUACAUGUUUGCAAGCACUGCAGUAGCAGCGAUCUCGACAAAGACCCGGCAAGGGGCGACACGGUCUGCAAGAAUUGUGGCACAGUCUUGGAAGAGAAUGCGAUCGUUUCUGAGGUGGAGUUCCAAGAGUCACGCGGCGGUGGCCAGUCGAUGGUCGGACAGUUUGUUUCAGCCGACUCCUACACGAUAUCAUCGGUUGGCGGAAAUCACACAAUUUACAAUCGCAGCUCGAGAGAACUGACAAUUCAGAAGGCUCGCAAGGGCAUUCAGAGGAUAGCCAGUCAAUUGCAUGUCAACCAGCAGUGCGUAGAGGAGGCCCUGGGCUUUUACAAGCUGGCUCUUAUGCGGAAGCUGGUAACUGGCCGAAGAUCGUCGUACGUUUAUGGCGCUAGUUUGUACGUGACAUGUCGGUUGGAAGGAACAGCACACAUGCUGUUGGAUUUUUGCGAUGUGCUACAAGUGAACAUCUACGAACUCGGCCGGGUGUACAUGUUUCUGUCGCGGUCGCUGUAUCUGAAGUUGCCACCAACAGACCCCUGCGUUUACGUGACGAUGAUUGCGAUGAGAGUGGUGCAGCGGAUGAAGCGAGAUUGGAUGGGUUUCGGUCGUCGACCAACGGGACUUUGCGGAGCCGCUCUUCUGGUUGCCGCUCGAUUUUGCGGCUUUUACAGGUCGGUGGAAGAUGUGGUGAAAGUAGUGAAUAUUGGUGCACCUGUGCUGAAACGACGAAUGGACGAGUUUGCCAUAACCCCUUCUGCCAAGCUGACCAUGGACGAAUUCAAGGUUGUCGAUCUCGAAGAAGAAUGUGAUCCGCCAUCAUUCACGGCAGCAAAACUGAAGGUAACGUUUACUUCUUAA